CAUCCUGUUCACUUCAGAGUCGCGUAUUCAGAGGAAGUACAAUGGUUCCCUUACUGCUGUUACUGCUGCUGCCCAAAUUGCUGGCUGACCAAGUUUGUCUCAACAUUUCAAAUGGUGACAUCGAUAUUACCAUGACGAAUGCUACAAUCAUUGAUGACCGAUUUAGUAAUGUGAAAUGUGUGGUGGAUGGAUCUCCCUGCUUCUUUCAAUGCACGUUCAGCAACACGACGUGGUUCAGUGGAUCAUCUGUUUGCUUGGAGGCUAAUGUGACAAGAGGUUCCGUCAAGGAUGUGUACCGCAUAGAACAAUAUACAACUUGCACUUUACACAGAUGCAAAAGCACACACAUCUUGCCGCUGAUUAAAGCGCUGGAUAGUAAAAGCUCUGACCAGAAGGGAAUGAUGAAACUCUUCUACAUAAGGGAUUCAUGUGCACAGCUCUUCAGUAGCAACCAUGAAGUCAAGACAUCCUUUAUAAAUGUGGAAAGAAAGAUAAUCCGUAACACCAUGGGAACAUCCCAGCUCAUGGCUGGAGGCUCCAUAAACUACAGCCUCAAGGUCUUGUCUCUGAAUGUGGUCAACGUCAGCGAGGCUAACCUGACAGGAACCGACUCCAGGAUCCAGAUAGAAGCUCCACAGCUGCUGCCUCAGAACAAGACAUUUGUCCCUGACACUUGGCUGCCGGCGUAUGCCCUGCGCACCAUCCCAAAGGAGAAGAGGAUUAUUGGUUUGGUCAGCUACAUGGGGCACAGCCAGUUCCAAUUUGAACAGGAAGCUAUCUCAUCAAUGGUUAUCAGGAUAGAGCUACUGGGGGAACAACCCCUUCGCGAUCUGAAAACAUCAAUCAAGAUGAUUUUCAGAACUCAUACACACAUAAAUAUGGAUAAUGACUCAUGGUUCCAGUGUCACUACCUUGAUGAACAUGAUUGGCUCUGGAAAACAGAUGGAUGUGAGACUUACAACAGAACCCAUGAUAACCAAAUCAACGUUACUUGCAACUGUAACCAUGCAACACCCUUUGCUGUCCUACUGAUGAGAAAACCAAUUUCAGAAGUCCACUGGAAAAUACUGUCAUACAUCAGUUACAUAGGCUGCGGCCUGUCUGCCUUCUUCACUGCUUUGUCCCUUGUGAUAUAUGUCUUCAGUCGAAACCACAAAAUGGAUUAUUCCAUCUCUAUCCAUGUAUCUCUGAGCGGGGCCUUGUUUCUGCUCAAUACAACCUUCCUGCUGACCGAGUGGGGGGCCACGGUGAAGCCAGACUGGGUGUGUGUUUUUGUCGCAGCUCUCAUGCAUUACUCCUUGCUCUGCUGUUUUACCUGGAUGGCCAUAGAGGGACUUCACCUCUAUCUGAUAUUGAUAAAGGUGUUUAACACCUACUACAAACACUACCUGGUCAAACUGUCGCUUGCUGGAUGGGGGAUACCUGGUGUAAUCGUAGCAGUCUCUUUGGGAGUGAAGGACUUCAAACAGUUUUACGGAGUUACACAAAUGACCAUGGCCAAUACUAACCAAACUAACAACAUCUGCUGGAUCACAGAUGACUCCUUUUUCUACUCCUUGAACCUUGUGUAUUUCACACUUAUAUUCAUCUUCAACUCUGGCAUAUUGAUGGCAGUGGCCUCUAGCAUCUGUAAGAUGAAACAAGUGUUCAGGAACUCAAAGCCUGGAGCAGAGGCUCAGGGAAAGACUUGGAGAGACCCAGAGAGGUUCGGUGAUUCCUGCAGGAGUGGCCUCACUGUGUUAGGUAUUACCUGCCUGAUGGGAACCACCUGGGGCCUGGCCUUCCUGGGCUCAGGAUAUGUCAACUACCCCAUCCUCUACCUUUUCUGCAUCCUCAACUCCACACAAGGUUUCUUUGUCUUCCUGUGGAUCUGUCUGUCAGCCAAGAAGCAGAGGAAGAAAGAUCUGGAGGACAGAACGACCUCAACUCCUGUGAAGACGUCAGGAAUCAAAUCUGAUUAGACCCCCUUUCCUGCCAUUAGUCCAGAUUAUAAAGCCCAGAUGUAAUCAUUGAUAGCAUAACUGCGCUAGCAAUCCCCCUUCAUAUAACCAUAGAACAGUAACUCCCACAUGUAAUCCUCCCAACAUGUUAGGUUGGACAUUAAAGUAAAGCUGUUUCUUUCACUAACCUACUGUGGAAUACUGUGCGUGUGUUUUUGAAUAAAGUCUUAAUAUAUAA